AGCAUUAUAGAUUGCAUCUACAAAACUCCUCCAGAGUAAAACGCCUGUAACGCAUGGUGCCCAAAAGCUGUGGUCGGAAUUAGCAGACAGAAACACACAUCCCAAAGAGAAAAUGAGAGACAUGUAAGGAGUUUGUUUGUUAGUAUUGGAUAGACUAGAAAAAGAAACAAAACAAGUCAACAUUCUGACUGCGACCGAGACCACCCAGAAUCAGCCGAGGAGAAAAGGAAUUGUCCGGUGUCCAGUUGAUGACGCCCCGGGUUCAUGCGUUCAGCAGGCGGUAGCCUAUUCGCUGGCCAAGCAAUUAGCUGCCUUAUCGACGCAGGGAUAUGGGGACCACCUCUCUGUACUGAUGGAAAGAGGGGAGGGGGGCUCCUGGGGACCCACAACAAGCAAGAACGAAGCAGGAAUCAUAUACUUCAUUGAGUUCGAACCUGACGUAUGUUGAUAUAGCCUACCUUUUCAACUUCACAGAGGUGUUCUUGGAUUGUUUCCUCGCCGCAGGUAUAUGAAGAAGUUGUAAUUUAUUUGAAUUAGAUGAAGCAGUCUAAUGCUAGUCAGCCUGGGAGCGAAGAUAUGUUUGAUAACUCGCAGUAUCCAUAUAACUGCUUUAACUAUGAUGGAGACGGCUACCCAUCCAGCAGCACGGAUGAAGACAAGAAAAUCGGCCGACCGGCUUACAGCUACAUAGCCCUCAUUGCCAUGGCAAUCCAGCAGAGCCCGGACCAGCGAGUCACUCUGUCUGGGAUCUACGAGUUUAUCAUGAGGCGCUUCCCCUUCUACCGGUCCAACCAGCGGGCCUGGCAGAACUCCAUACGGCACAACCUCUCCCUCAACAGCUGCUUCAUCAAGGUUCCAAGAACAGAGGGGAACGAGAAGGGGAAAGGGAACUACUGGAGUUUCGCGGCGGGCUGCGAGUCCAUGCUGGACCUGUUUGAGAACGGAAACUUCCGCCGCCGGCGCCGUCGACGCAACAUGAAGAUGGGCUUCCGGGAUUCGGGCGAGUCGUUUCUCCGCGUUGACAACAACAACAGCAGUGACCGUAUCAGCAACAAUCAGCAUGGACCCUCAGGCCGGCGUUCUGACGCUGACUCAUCCCCUUGCCCUUUGACCCCCAGCCACAGACCCACUCAGCCACAGAUCCAGCUCAACCCAAACCAGGCCCACCAGAAUAACAAACCAGAAUCUGAGAUCAAGUUUAGCAUCGAUUACAUCCUGUCCACUCCGGCCCCUCCUCUUCCUGGGUUCAGACCCCCUCCUCCCGCCCCCAUACAUGCUCUGGAGCCCCAGCACCUCAACCUGCAUUUCUGGACCCUUUGAGGAUGUUCUAGAAGGAAAGGAAAGUUCUAGAACAGACCCUAUUGCUCUGUGUCUAAAAUGGGAAAAUGAAGGACAUCCAAAGACAGUUAAUAGUACAAGAGUUGUAUUGACUACAAAGAGAUGGACUGUGAAGAGGUACAGUACAGUGUUCUUUUCUGGAUCUUUGCUGUGCAUGCAGUGGGCCAGUCCAUCAUGCAUUCAUGUACAGUCACUCACACAACUAACUUGAAAUGUGUACAUUCCAACACUUGUGAUAAUCCACUGUGUCCUGUGCUAGAUUAGCUUUACUGUAUUGGAAAGAAAUCGUGUUUUAUAAAUACUAGGAUCUACACUAAGGAGCUUGGAGGCCAUGUAUUGGAAAGAAAUCGUGUUUUAUAAAAACUAGGAUCUACACUAAGGAGCUUGGAGGCCAUUUAUUAUCAGUCAGACCACUUUUUCUCCAAUAAUGCUUAUCUUUUCUAUUGACCUUUUCAAACCAGUUAGAAGGCCACAGUCCACCCAACCCAGACAGCCCUAUUCUGAUAUCAUUCAUAAAGGUAAGAGUUUAACACUCACAAACUAGGGACCUGUUAACAUUUAUUUCCCUCACAAAGGAUAUCAAUCAUCGGCUGUUUCUCUGCUGUUUGAAGUAGACAUAUUUCAAUUUAACCUUUAUAUUAUGCCGUGACUACAUCAGGACGCCUCUCAACACGCUGUAACAUGAGUGGCAUUUAAUAUAGCAUUACACUUGCAAGGUGAAGCCAAGAUGUGACCCUAUUCAAAUACGCAGGGACCUGCCGCCAUAACAGCACUACCCCCUCAACGUAAUUAUAAUUAAACACACCUUAUGCCUCCUUGUAAAUCUGCUGAUCGAUCGGCAGUGUUAAUGUUGCUACUUGAACUGCCCCCCAGCCUCCUUUUGGCUCAGCGCUGCCUUUAUGGAUCAGCAAGUUUCCAUUAACGGAGCCAGUGACGGCGCCUGGAAUGCCGCCGUUCCAAGUCGCUCUGCCUGGCCGUGGAUAUAUUUGGGUAAAUUAACUUAGCAUAAAAUGCUGGGAGGCUGCAGGGGUCUCUUUAAGACACUGGAAGAAAAGGCAAAAGGCAAGCAUGCAGGUUUAAAAGUCAAUGCACAUACAGUAUUAUUAUGGUGUUGUCAGUGAAUGCUGUCAUUAUGUAGCUGCUGGCUAAAGUAACUUGUACCUGUGAAUGGCCUCUAUUAAAGUACUCAUCCAAAUCCCAAACCUUGAUUUCGCAGUAAUUUUCAUUCAGUUUGAGGCUAAAAUAUUUUUUUCAAGCCAUUGCAGAAAUCAUUUAUGAUACUAGCAAAUAAGGAAGAAUAAAAUACAUGCAUAGUAGUGAUACUUGAUAACUGUACUGUCUGAAUGAGCUAAAACUGGGCUGUUGGUACUUGGUUGUAUCAGUGGCUUUGUGCAGACUGAGCUGGAAGGAAGAGGGAGGAAAUUGGGAAAGCAAUGAUGUGCAACGUUAAUAUAACAACAAAAUCAUAAACACAAACAGGUCAUUUAAUUCUAAGCAUUUAUGCUUCGUAAUUGGAUUUCAUGCAGGUGUGUGACUAUGGCUAUGGAACUCAUUAUGAGCACUUGAAUAGUUGUUUUUGUUUAAUAUAGUGACGGUCUAUGUUUAGUAAUGAGGUAGACUGUGUACAGUAAUGUUCUACUACCUGACUAACAACCAUCAUUUCCAAGAGCUGUGGGCAGUACAUGAGUAUAAAAGAGAUGCUCUACUCAGCCAUCUACCAAGGGCCUACACCCCAAUGCAGAUUACAGGGUAAUGAUAUCGGGAUUAGCUCCAUAUGAAUGGAAAGUGUUCAAAUACCUUGAGGGGGAAAGGCCUCAUACAUAUACACAUCCAGCACCCUCUGACAUUUAGAACCUUGUCUAUCAGUCAGACACUGGGGGGUGAAUUCAACUAGGCUAUCAAUGGAAUAUGCCACCAUUUUAAAUGGGGUUUUAAAUGUGCUUUGAAUGAGAACAUCAAAACAACACGUCAAUCAAUGUCACUGUGGCUCUGUUUACACUGAAGGCCUACAGAGUUGGAGCCUGUGGUCCCUGAGAACUCCAUCCCAAGUGACUGUGGAAGCUUAUAAUAAUGUUAAAUGGCUGGAAGGGUGUAAAAGAAGGAAUAUUAGAAAUCUAAUAGAAGUCAGGGGCUUGUAUACGAAAUGACAGCUUGGUUGGAAAUGUUCUGGUAUUCUGUGCUUUAUUUGAGGGGUUAGAGCACUCUAGAAGAUUCUAAAAGGUUGGCUGGAUGCUCCUGACCAGAACAGUGUGUGCUGUUUGAUGGCUUCAUUAGAGUAGUGGUUGUUGUUGCUGUUUUCCAGCAUUAUGUAAACUAACAUCAAGCCCUUUAUCAGGAGCAUCUAGAUUCUAGAAGGUAAACACUAGGCUGCUUCAAACAGCAGCACACGCACAUACAAACACACACAUGCACACACCCAAAAGAAAAAUACACCAACACGUGUGAGUAAAUGCAUAUUAAACAAGGUUUAAAUGAAGAAAUCCAGUUCUUGGUAAGAGGGGGAGCCAGAUGAAGACAGCCAUCUUGGUGAGGUUGUGGUUCAGCUCUGUGUUGCACAGCAGAGACAUUGCACUCGGUUGAUCUACACAUGCAAUGCAACUACAAUGCACCACAGCUCUGUCCAACAGACACACACUAACAUAUAGACCGUUAUGUAGUACACACAGAUCAAAUCCACACAUAUCAAAUCCACUGACUAUGUGGUCUUGUGUGGUUCAGACCGGUGACUGAACAUGGUGAUUGCUACACCUUGUGAUUCUCAGUAAGACCAGGCCAUUUCUGUAUUUUAGCCACUAGAGGGCUAUCCCAGCUUGGCCUGUGAGGAGAGCUGGUAUUGAAGCCAGGGGAGGGAGAGGGACUGAGGAGGAACAUGUCAUCAUCCCUUGUGUUCAUGGACAGCUCUGAUGGCUGAUACCUCUGCUCUGUGGAA